ACAGUUGUUUUGUUCAAACCAAUGUGUUCAAACAAUCUGUAGGAAUCUUGGUUUUAACAGGAAUAUUGAGUCAAACCAGUGCAAACAACACAUAAAAAUCUCGAAUGAAAUCUCAUGACGUCAUUUUUCUCCGCUGGCGUCAGAAUAACUGAUUAUAGCUUCAACCAAGGCUUCAACUGCGUCCUUGAUGGUUGCGUGAUGAGUUGUUUUGAUUGUUGCAGGAUGGGAAGGAGGGAGCGGGACGCGUGAGAGUGUAAUGCGCAUUGGAUGGUUGAUUGCAUUUUAUUAUAUUUGAGUGGCAAACGUUUAUUCGCUGUUACAACUCAUCUGACCUCGAGAGUGUGGUGGAAUUAGAUGCUGAGCAGCCAUGGAGAGACCCAAGUCAGCCAAGAAGCCCAUGCCUGGAGAUGAGUCCAAGAUGAAUGCCCAGCAGCUCAAAGAAAUGGGCAAUGCACUGUUUGCUUCAAGGAUGUUCAAUGAUGCUGUGGCAUGCUACAGUAAAGCAAUUAUCAAGAACCCCAAUGUGCCGCACUACUUCACGAACCGUGCGCUGUGCUACCUGAAGCUACAGAAGUGGGAGCUCGCGUGCGCCGACUGCCGACGCGCUCUUGACCCUUCGAUGGACCCCAGCAAUGUCAAGGGCCACUUCUUCCUGGGACAGGCACUGUUCGAGCUGAACUUGUACGACGAGUCCAUCAAACAUUUGCAGAGAGCCCACGACCUGGCGCGGGAGCAGAUGCAGUAUUUCGGGGACGACAUCGCUGGCCAGCUGCGACUGGUACGGAAGAAGCGCUGGAGCACGCAGGAGGAGCGACGGAUAACGGAGGAGAUCGAACUGCAGAGUCACCUGAACCGGCUGUUGAUCGAGGACAAGGAUCGUCAGGUGGACACCCUCCUCUCUCAGCACGCGGCGGCCGGAGACAGUGCUGACAGUGAGGUGGAGUCCCGCGUCAGGCAGAUCGAGGAGCGCUGUGACGAACGCAUCGCCCAGCUCAACCAGCUCUUCGCUAAAGUGGACGAUAACCGACGGAAGCGAGACGUACCCGACUAUCUGUGCGGUAAGAUCAGUUUCGAGAUUCUGCGGGACCCGGUCAUCACACCGUCAGGCAUCACCUACGACAGGAAGGACAUCCAGGAGCACCUCUCGCGGGUCGGCCACUUCGACCCCGUCACGCGGGCUGAGCUUACCGUCGACCAGCUGAUCCCCAACCUGGCCAUGAAGGAAGUGGUGGACACUUUCGUUCAAGAGAACGAGUGGGUGCACGAUUUCUGAAGCGCUGCGCCCACCGGACUUACCUACUGAAACGAUGUCGCGUCCGAACCACAGUAAGUCACUGGCUGACGAAAUGUCCCGCUGUGCGCUGUUUUGACGUUAAAACGCCAUGGGCGAGUGCAUUAGUGCGGCGGUGGUGGCUUGGUACCUGCAGGAACUUGUAUCUGCCAUCGUGACUUUGAUGGUGCCGCGUGUCGCCGUGGACGGAGAGAUUCGCGUCGUUUGGCUCAUGGACACAGUGAUGUGUUCGGGUUGUCAGCGAGACACUGGACAUGCCUCCCAACUGACAAGUCGCAAGGCGAACCUUUCUUGAAGACAGAAUCAGAUGUGCAGAGUGGUAUGCAAUACGACCGGGGCAUUGGUUGAUUCCGUCGCUAGCUGCCUGACGCCAGUGCUGGUCACUGCGGUAUUGUCACCAGCGUGACUUCUUACCCGGUUGGUGGCGGCCUCUGGAAGACCGUGAUCACAGGGCGAAGCUUGUGUACAGAGCCGAUUCAUCAGACUGCCUCAGGUGUGCGGACAAUGGGAAAUAUGUUCGCCGUGGAGCUUGAUAAGCAAUACGUUUCCAGCCGGUUCUCUCGAAGGGUCGUCUCGAGAGAGUCGUUUUGAAAUAGGCAUAACCUCCGCCAGUGGUUUGAUACUCGGCGGUUUCCAGUAUCGUGGCGGGCGCUGAUCGCUAGCGCGCUGCUAAUGUUCAUCACGCCAGAGCUCCUUGUGUUGAGUCGUUCCAAGGGAGGUGGCUAUCGAGGCGCUACCCGAUGUUGUGUUCUGUUCAAGUGCUGGAGACUCGAAUGUCAGUGUAUAAACAAGGACAUGACAACGAUGACAGGCCAUAGAAAGGAUGGUGGCCGUUGGCCGUUUACUUCGUUCCUUUGAUUUUGAGGAGUCACUGCUAGGAGUCAGACGCAAUAUCAAUCAUUUGAUUGUGGCCUGGAAAUGUUUCACUCGAUUCUGCCUGGGGCUUGCAACGUAAUGGUCGCCUGCUGCAUGUUUAGGUUAUUGGCGUUUUUCUGGAAGGCGGACGAAUCCGUGCUUUGUGUUCCAGUCCAAUCACGUCUUGCGUUACGCACACAGUUGAUUUACACACGUUUAGGUUUGGCUGUUUAUGCUGCGCUGGAUAAAACCGAGAUUCCAUUGGCUGGUGCUGAUCUUGUCCGUUCGGUACGCUAAGACUCUGAGCAGGGGACCUUGCGUUGCUCUGUAUUCUGUAGCAGGUGCAGUGCAUGGUCGUCCGUAUGUCGCUGAGAACUCGUUUAGUCUCAUUGAGUUCACCUCAUGUAUAUUCUCAUUCAAACCGUUGUAAUUUUGUGUUUGUACAGCAAUGGAGAAAACGCUGGUGUCGCUGGAACUGCUUACCGCUGGGUAGGAUCAUGAACCGAUUGAUUACUUUGCGCUGAUCCCAAUGAUUGAGUCUCGUCUGCCAUGGACCGCUGGUUGAACCGUGUCGCAGUGCGAUGACUACUUUGUAUGUUCUGAUUAAACGGUUGUGAAUGUUGGGCGCCUGCGAGCGCCUGUAAUGGCUGUUUGAUGCGUUGGAGCGAGUGUAGCGCGGUGCUCGCCCAAGUCCGACCGGCAGAGGUCGGUGAUUUGGUAUCGGCCGUGAGGUGGCGCUAUUAGCGGUCCGUCUAGUCAGCUGUGUGAUUUGGGAACUGCCUAUGGCCACGUUAGUGCUGGUGUCCCAUAAACCCAAAUUUUGGGGCAAUCUGGGAUCAGCCGUGAUGAGAAACGUCCGCCUUUGUGACUUUGGGGCGCUGCGCUGCUUACAUCACAGCGAGCCUUUGAAGCAGUCUGGAUGGGCAAACAGCUUUGGCUGUAUGUAUGGCAAGGCAGUGUAUGACGCGCUACGGAUAGGUAAGAUGCAAGGCGAGAUUGUGUAUGAUGUGUCAGUGAAUAUGUUGGAAAGGUGCUUAUUGCGAUUGGGUCUUGUCUUACUGCCAGGUGCAGUUGGGUUUACCGAACGGAUGCUCAUUGUCGAAUAUGGCUGAAAUAAACUAUAUCAUCAUCAUACGAA